AUGGCUGCAGAGGUGCUUUUGGAACCUGAUCGGGGCAGCGUGACCUUUGAGGAUGUGGCUGUGUACUUCUCCUGGGAGGAAUGGGCUCUCCUUGAUGAGGCUCAGAGAUGCCUGUACCACGAUGUGAUGCUGGAGAACUUUGCACUUACAUCCUCACUGGGCUGUUGGCAUGGAGUAGAAGAUAAGGGAGCACCUUCUGAAAAAAGCAUUUCUGUAGAAGGAGUGUCACAGAUCAAGACUCUCAAGGCAGAUUCAUCUCCCCAGAAGGACCAGCCCUUUGAGACGUCUGGCCCGGUCUUGAGAGAUAAUUUUCACUUGCCUGAGCAUCAGGAAGCACAUCUUGGGCAGAAACCAUACACGCGUGGGAAUCGAUUCUAUAUCUCUGCCAACCUUCAGCAAUACCAGGGACAACACAUUAGAGAGAUACCCAUCAGAACUUCUGUGGACACAGCCUUGAUUAUAAAGAGCUGUGAAACCCAUGUGUCAGGGGAAUCCUUUUUGUCUGAGGGAAUAAGGAAAGACGACUUACACAGCAUGGGAUUUUCCCAUCAACUGGUCACUCACACUAAUGAGAACCUAAACAACAAUAAUGAGUGUGAGGCUGUCUUUCAUGGUAGGGAAAGGCAUCGGAACUGGGGAGAAGGCAACAAAGCCCUCAACUGCACAGACACACUUGUUGAGGACCAACGAGUCCUCACUAGAGAAGGGCUUUAUGAGUGCAGCAAAUGUGGAAAAACCUCUACCCGAAGGUGGAAUCUGAUUCAGCACCAGAAAGUCCACACUGGAGAAAGGCCUUAUGAAUGCCAUGAAUGUGGAAAAUCCUUUACCCGAAGCAACAGCCUGAAGACCCACAGGAAAAUUCACACUGGAGAAAAACCUUAUGUCCGAAGCUCCACCCUCAUUCAUCACAGGAGACUUCAUACUGGAGAAAGACCUUAUGAGUGCAGUAAAUGUGGGAAAUCCUUUAAACAAAGCUCUAGCCUCAGUUCACAUCAGAAAAUCCACACAGGAGAAAGGCCUUAUGAGUGUAGGGAAUGUGGAAAAUCCUUUAGCUGCAAAUCUAACCUCAUUAUCCACCUGAGAAGAAUACAUACUGGAGAGAGGCCUUAUGAAUGUCAUGAAUGUGGGAAAUCUUUUAGCCGAAAAUUUAGCCUCAUUUACCACCGGAAAGGUCACACUGGAGAACGGCCUCAUCAGAGAAAAGAAAAAGUAUACAGAUGUGAGAGAUGUCCCAAGACCUUCAGGCAUUCCUCUCGGUUCAGAGUUCACCAGAAAAGACACAAUAAUGAGAGGACAUGUAUUUGUGCCGAGUGUGGCAAAGGCUUCUUCCAGGCAUCAGACCUCCACGUGCAUCAGAGGAUUCAUACAGGAGAGAAGCCCUUCGCGUGCAGCACAUGUGAAAUGGCCUUCACCCACAAAACCAACCUUCGGGCUCAUGAGAGAACCCACACGGGAGAGAAGCCCUAUGAGUGUUCCCUCUGCCAGAGAUGCUUCCGCCAGUCCUCCACCUACCACCGCCAUCUUAGGUUUCACCAGAAAACUACCCUCAAAAGUUUCUCUAACUCUAGCUUGCACAGCUGCGGGAACUACAGUAACCAGAGGGCAAUGCGCCGAAAGGUGGCGGAGUUGAGCCAAUUAAAGCCCAUGACUGAAGUAUUUCCCUGCGUUGGCUUGGCGUGGGGGCGGGACAUCCGGCGUCUUCCUUGUGGCGGUCGGUUUGCCUUGUUUCAGGUCAGCUUUGGAGAAGGAAAUGACAACCCACUCCAGUAUUCUUGCCUGGAGAAUCCCAUGGGCAGAGGAGCCUGGCAGGCCAUGGUCGACAGAGUCGCAGAAAGUCGGACACGACUGAAGCGACUAAGCUCGCACUCACGCAGGUCAGAUUGCCAGCUUAGAGUUUCAGAGCCAGGGAUCCUAAAAAAGAAGGAGCCGGAGGCUUCCACAGAGGCCGGUCCAAGAUUUGGAGGCGGCACACCUCGUGAAAGUGAAAGUCGUUCAGUCGUGUCUGACUCUUUGCGACCCCAUGGACUAGAGUCCAUGGAAUUCUCCAGGCCAGAAUACUGGAGGUGUGAAUUUAAGGAUGUGGCCGUUGACUUCUCCCGGGAGGAGUGGGCGCUCCUGGAUGAGGCACAGAGACUCCUGUACUGCAGUGUGAUGCUGGAAACCUUUGCACUUGUAGCAUCCCUGGGUUGUUGGCAUGGAACAGAAGAUGAGGAGGCCCCUUCUGAGCAGAGUUUAUCUGUAGAAGCAGAGUCACAGGUCAGGGUUUCUAAGGCAGGUCUAUCCACCUGGAAGAUCCACCCCUGUGAGAUGUGUGUCCCCAUUUUAAAAGAUACUUUGCACCAAGCUGAGCACCGAACAAUAUACUCUUUUAGGAAACCAGACUGGGGUGGUACAUGUUUGAGACACUUCUGUUCCAGUGCAGACUUUCACUGGCAGCAAAAGGAUGACAGUGGAGAGAAGCCCUGGGAAAGAGAUGUGGAGAGGGUCUCAUUUGUGAGGAGCUGCAACCUCUUUGUGUCAGGGAAGCCUUUCACCAGUAGGGAAGUUGGGGAGGACUGCCCAGCCACCUUGGGCCUUCUCCAGCACGAGGCCACAAGCAACAAUGAGGAAUCACAGACUGGCAGAAAGGGUGAGCAGGCCUUUCAUAGUGAAAAAAGUCAUUACAAGAAAUUCUUUAGCUACAAAUCCAAGCUCAUUGAACACCAGAGAGUUCACACUAAAGAAAGACAUCAUGAAUGCACCAAAUGUGGGAAGACUUUUAGACACAGCUCUAGCCUUUUCCGGCACCAAAGAGUUCACACUGGAGAAAGGCCUUAUGAAUGCAGUGAAUGUGCGAAAUCUUUUUUCUACAAAAAUGACCUCAUUCAACACCAGAGAAUUCACAGUGGAGAAAGGCCUUAUAGAGUUCACACUGGAGAAAGACCUUUUGAGUGCACUGAAUGUGGAAAAUCCUUUACCCGAAAAUCUGAGCUCAUUCAACAUCAGAGAAGAGUCCAUACUGGAGAAAAGCCAUAUGAGUGUAAUGAAUGUGGAAAAUCCUUUAGCCGAAGUGAUAUUCUCAUUCAACACCAGAGAGGUCACACUGGUGAGAGGCCUUAUGAGUGCAGUGAAUGUGAAAAAUCCUUUAGCUGGAAAUCUAGCCUCCUUAGACACCAGAGAGUUCACACUGGAGAAAGACCUUAUGAAGAAAAAUGCUACACGUGUAGUGAAUGUGGGAAAUCUUUUAGCAAAAGCUACAGCCUCAAUGACCAUUGGAGAGUUCAUACAGGAGAAAAGCCUUAUGAAUGUGGGGAAUGUGGGAAAUCCUUUAGACAGAGCUCUAGCCUCAUUCAGCAUCGGAGAGUUCACACUGGAGCAAGACCUCACGAGUGUGGUGAAUGUGGAAAAUUAUUUAGCAACAAAUCCAACCUCAUUAAACAUCGGAGAAUUCAUACUGGAGAAAGGCCUUAUGAGCCCUAUGAGUGCAAUGAAUGUGGAAAAUCCUUUACCCAAAACUCUAGCCUCAUUGAACACCGUAGAGUUCAUAGUGGAGAAAGGCCUUACAAGUGCAGCGAAUGUGGGAAAUCUUUUAGCCAAAGCUCUGCACUUCUGCAGCAUCGGAGAGUUCACACUGGAGAAAGGCCUUAUGAGUGCAGUGAAUGUGGGAAAUUCUUUACUUACAGCUCCAGUCUCUUAAAACACCAGAGAGUUCACACGGGAUCAAGGCCUUAUGAGUGUAGCGAAUGUGGGAAAUCUUUUACUCAAAACUCCAGUCUCAUUAAACACAGGAGAAUUCAUACUGGAGAAAGGCCUUAUGAGUGUAGUGAAUGUGGGAAAUCUUUUAGCCAUAGCUCUAGCCUUAUUAAACACCGAAGAGUUCACACUUGUUAA